GUCGAAAGCGUGAAACAGUUCCAUCAACAGCAUGAUCAAUGCACAAUACUGGCGGUCUGUCUGCGCUUUCGUUUUCCGAUGGCUACGUGACAAAGGACUAAUCAAUGAAAUAAUGUGGAGGUUGAUGCAUAGCAGGUUUUAACUGACAUUCUGAGCGUUAGCUAUCAAGUCGAGUGGCACAGGACAUAUCUCGCAAUUUAUCGACAUGAAACUCUACUCGCUCAGCGACAAUCCAAACAAGCCAUGCAGCGUACUGAAGUUCAAGAAUACCACAAUCAUGUUCGAUUGUGGGCUAGAUGCCACAUCGGUGUUAGCAUUCUUGCCGCUACCCUUGGUUUUAAGUACCAGACUAUCAAACCUGCCUGUGUGGACACCUCGCGACUCCGGCGACGCCCAGUUGGAAGGGGAGUUUAAGGAGGCCAAUGGCAGGGUGUUUGUGGACAGUGCACCGGAGUUCUGUACACCAGAAACUGGCCUGGUUGACUUUGCAGAUAUUGAUGUCAUACUUGUUUCUAAUUACCAAUCUAUGUUGGCACUCCCAUUCAUCACAGAAGGCACUGGCUUCAAGGGUACUGUUUACAUGACAGAACCAACCCUUCUUAUUGGACGGCUUUUCAUGGAAGAACUCGUAAAUUAUAUCGAACGUACACCCAAACCUCGAACUGCAACAAAAUGGAAACAGCAGGCCGUAAAAUUCUUACAACUCCCUGCCUCGGACCAUGGAAAGCCAAGGUCGUGGAAACAGCUGUACAGUAUGCAGGAAGUUAACAGUAGUCUUUCCAAGGUCAAAGUGGUUGGCUUUAAUGAAAAACUGGACGUCUUCGGCAUGGUACAGGUGUCUGCUGUCAGCUCGGGUUACUGCCUCGGCAGUUGUAACUGGAUUGCGUGCGGCGAUCAAGAGAAAAUGGUGUACAUGGCGGGGUCAUCUACCUUAACCACCCAUCCAAAGCCCAUGGAGCACAGCUGUCUGCGUGGCGCAGACGUUCUCUUACUGACCAGUCUUACACAGACACCGCUGGCCAAUCCAGAUGCAAUGCUUGGUGAUUUCUGUAUCACUGUUGCGAUGACAGUGAAGGUGGGUGGAAAUGUGCUGGUCCCGUGCUACCCAUCUGGCGUUACGUACGACCUCUUUGAGUGUCUAUCGGGACACCUGGAAACGACCGGACAGUCCAACGUGCCCAUGUACUUUCUCUCUCCGGUGGCAGACAACUCACUUGCCUACUCGAGCAUCUUAGCAGAAUGGUUGUCUUCCGCCAAGCAAGCCAAGGUGUACUUGCCUGAAGAACCGUUCCCACAUGCGCAGCUUGUUCGUGGAGGUCGUCUGAAGCCGUUCACUAGCCUUAAAGCUGAAGGAUUCACGUCCGACUUCCAUACCCCAUGCAUUGUGUUUGCCGGCCACCCAUCCCUCCGUUUUGGCGACGUCGUCCACUUUAUGGAGCUCUGGGGAUCGUCGCCCAACAAUGUCGUCAUAUUCACCGAACCAGAUUUCAACCACAUUGAAGCACUAGCACCUUUUCAACCACUGGCUAUGAGGACGGUUUAUGUUCCAAUUGACACGAGCCUUAGCUUUUCGCAAGCCAACAAGCUUGUGAGAGAUCUCAAGCCUACCAAUCUUGUCAUGCCAGCACAGUACACUCAACCGCCAUUAUUGCAGCCCCAUCGGAACGACCUUGUUAUUGAAGCUGAAUGCGAAGUUCAAACCUAUGCGAGGGGCAGCAUAGUGCACAUCCCCGUGCAUCGGAAGUAUCAGAGGAUAGACAUGGUCUCCGAGCUGGCAUCUUCCAUUGUUCCCAUAGAAGUGAAAAGAGGUCUUGGCGUUGCUACACUCACUGGCUCCCUCUUUAUCAGUAAUAAUCGUUGCAUCCUGAAACCACCUCCAAAGGAAACCUCUAGUGGAAAGCAGUGGAAUGGCCAUGCUUAUUCAAAAGUGUACACAUUUGGAAACCUCGAUGUCACUGAGCUUACCAGGAAAUUGGAGAAGGCAGGCUACAACGACAUAAAAGUUGAAAAUACGGCAUCAGGAGUCAUUGUUCAUCUGCCUAAUGAAGAUACCAUCAUCCAAAUUGAUGAACACUCUACCCAUGUCUUCUGUGAAGGCGAUUAUGCUGUUCGGGCAGAGCUGCGGGACCUCCUGCUUCAGUGUCUGAGCAAGUUUUGAUGCCGUAUUGACACAAAGUCUUGAAAUAAAUGCAACGUUUCAUUGAUCACUGA